AUGGGUUCACUUGCCAACACAACCGGUAUCACACCCGCUCAGCUACUCUCAGUGGAGACGUACACGGACGCUCAAAGCAAGACGAACCCCUACUUCUGGAUCGUCACCGCCAAGCUCAGGACCCGUCUUGACCACAGGCCAUGGUCACCACAAUUCUCAGACUUGUUCCUAACCUUGAAAGCUAAGAUUGUCCUAGGCUUCAAGGACAAGGAGAGUUUACUGUACGACCCCAACGAACUUCGAAUACUCCUCGCCCGCCGCAUACGAACGCGAGUUUAUCUCUGUGGCGGGCCAGGCGACCAGAACCCGCCGGAUCGAAACCCAGAAUUCAACCGACGGUACGUCGAGGCAGGGGAGAGUAUCGUUUUCCUUGACUACCGGGGGACGGGUGGCAGCGUUCAGGUCACGAAUGCCGCCGGUGAUCUCGACCAGGACUGCAUGAGAUUCAUGAGGCUUCUCAGGCCACAAGAUCACGCGGCUGACGGGAAAACAGCACUCGCAGAUGAUAAUGUCGACCGCCUCACGGGCUUCCUGAAGCUCUGCCGCCAAGAUAGUAUCAUCCGCGAUCUGGAAGCCAUACGCCUGGCUUUACUGCCUCUGGGCCAAAGGUGGCACAUCUUCGGUCAGUCAUACGGCGGCUGGCUUUCGCUGACAUAUCUCUCCUUGUGCCCAAAAGGUUUGGCCGAUAGCACCAUCACUGCAGGUCUUGCGCCUAUCACAGUUUCUGUCGACACCACGUACAGGGCAUUGUUCAAAGUCGUUAUCGGGCGCAAUGAUCUCUACUACACAACAUACCCGGAAGACGUCAAGCGUGUCAAGACCAUUACCUUACACUUGCUAUCCCAGGAAACACCUUCAGAUACUGGUAUUGAACUUCCCCGUGGUGGUUUGCUGACGGCACAACGCUUUCUUAGCCUCGGACGUGUCCUUGGGAAUCGGGCUCGCUUUGCACAGGUUCACAACUUGAUCAAGGCCAUGUCACGAGACCUUGAAACAUCAAGCCCUUUGACGUUGGACUCACUGGCAAACUUUGAGAGGGUGGACACUUGGAAAUUCGACGAACGGCCAGUGUAUGCGCUGCUGCACGAGGCGAUGUAUUGCCGGCAAGGGGAGGUAUCAAACUGGUCCGCCGAACGGGUAUCGAUGGAAUUUCCCCAGUACACGUGGGUGGCCAGGGAUGAGAUCUCAGGCCGGAAUUGGCGGGAGGCGCUCAUCAAGAACUGCGCAAGAGACGCACCAAAGGUCUACUUCUCGGGCGAGAUGGUGUACCCCUUCCACUUUCGGACCUACCGGGCUCUCCGGCCGCUGGUGGAGGUAGCUGACCGCCUUGCCAAGCACCGCUGGGACGAGCAGACGUACUCGGCACGGCAGCUGCGGGCAAACCAGGUCCCCGUGUACGCAGUCAGCUACACCAGCGACAUGCAUGUCCAUCCUAGGCUCAGCGAGGAGACAGCAACUUGCGUCGCGGGAAUCGAGCAUGAGGUGCUCGAUGUGGCCAAUGGCAAGCUUCUGGAACAUGGCUCCGUUCGCUCACAUACCGCGGAGGUUAUGGGCAAGAUUGAUGGGCUCAGGGCGGGUUACUGGAGCCGUAGAGGUCAGAUGGAUCCAACUGGGAAUACCUGGUAG